AGCCACGAUGGCACCCUACCGGGCUUGCGCUGCCAGGGGCGGUGCACUCCCCCCGCACUCCUCUUCCUCCGCCAGUGUUCCUAGCUUCCACUGAACUUGCCAGAUCCUUUUGAGCAUUCUCCAAAGAGUUUGGAAAGACUGAGCCUAUUCCACAUCAAGACCGGAUAGGCAUUUUGUUCAAAAAGAAGUUAGGUUCUGACAGUGACAGAAUUGUGACUAACAAGCUGGUCAGCUGAGCAUAGGAUGCUGUUGUAGUGCAAGAUGGUUUGUGCACAAUUUUCUCAUUAGCUCUGUGCAGUCUGCUGUACAUAGCUUCUGCCAUUUCAAGACAGAGGAAAUGUGACCUAAUUAAAUUUAGUAUUAUGGGGCUGGGGAAAGUAUUUAUCCACUUUCCUAUGCUGACUAAUACGAAUGAGGGCUCUAGGGGACUGUUACUGGCAUUGGUAGCCUGAUCUCAUGGAGACUUAGCCACUGAAAACAAUGCCUAACAGUGUAGUCAUAUGCAUGUAUACUUGCGUGUUAACCACAGUGAGUUCAGUUGGGCUUAUUCGCAGGUAGCUGUGUGUAAUAUUGCAGCCAGUUUAUAAAACUUCCAACUGACCAGUAAACCAGUCAAACAAUCUUAGGUUUCGGGACACACUGAAUACAGUCCAGAUGCACGAUAUGUGCUUUUGCUACACUGCAGUGUCUCUUUGAUCUUGUGUAAACUUUUUUUCUAGUACCCACAGCUACAGCUAAAAGUUCUGCAUUCCCCCUGCUGUCACCUACUAGAAAAGUGUUGAAUUUACUAGCAGAGGGGAGAUGUGCUCCCAACUACUUUGAGAUUGGUCCUGAAGCAGGGAAUCAUCAGAUCCAUCUUCUUUUAGUCUGCCCAUUUCUUCAUGUGUUCACGAGUCUGUUCUGUAUAGUCUCUGUAUUAAUCUGCAUUUUAAAAAACCAGCAUGAACAUUUGUAUUUUAAUAUGCAUCUUUCAUAAAACAGGCAUUUGUAAAUGUUUCUGAUUAAGACCUGCGUCACAACAUUUUGGGAAGUACCAGUGACCGCCUCUCUCACUCUGUAGGCCUUGUGACUCUUAACUUCUGGGUUGUGUGUUUGAGUCCCUCAUAGAGUUUGAAGAGACCACAAGGGCCAUCCAGUCCAACCCCCUGCCAAGCAGUAAACACCAUCAAAGCAUUCCUGACAGAUGGCUGUCAAGACUCCACCACACUUCUUGGCAGCAAAUUCCACUGUCGAACAGCUCUUACUGUCAGGAAGCUCUUCUUAAUGUUUAGGUGGAAUCUUCUUUCUUGUAGUUUGAAUCCAUUGCUCCGUGUCUGCUUCUCUGGAGCAGCAGAAAACAACCUUUCACCCUCCUCUAUAUGACAUCCUUUUAUAUAUUUAAACAUGGCAAUCAUAUCACCCCUUAACCUUCUCUUCUCCAGGCUAAACAUACCCAGCUUCCUAAGCUGUUCCUCAAAAGGCAUUGUUUCCAAGCCUUUGACCAUUUUGGUUGCCCUCUUCUAGACACGUUCCAUGUUGGGCAAAAGAUUCCUGCAUUGCAGAGUGUUGGACUAAUGUCCCUGGUGCUACAAUUCUAUGAUUCUAAGUGCAUUCAGAGCUGUACAUUAGAUCAGGUGGCGAGGAUAAGUCAGUUGGUAUUGGCAUUUGCAAAGAAUGAGUUUCUCAACCACCCCUGUUCUGAAGAGGUUGAGAAGCUUGAUGCCAUGCCUGUGAUACACAGCCCUUGUGCCUCAGGAGGCAGAUAUGUCUGUUUUCUAUAGUUUAAUUAGAAGUUCUUGCUGUUGUUCUUUCAUCUUAACAGUGCUCCAGUAUCUGAGAACACGUCUUCUAAUCUGUUUCUUGUAUUGCUUUGAUGAAUGCCACCAUACCAUUUCAGAUGAUAAUGAAAUCUUAUUUACCAGGUUUUUCUUUUUCUUAAAAAAAAUCAAACCCAAAAAUGGCUGUACCAGCAGCAGAAAUAUUGCUGCACCCAGCACCUAUCAAGAUCUGUUUUCUCUGAAAUUUUCUAGGUGGUAAGUGUAGCACUUAGUGAUGAAAACAGGGCUGUGACUUGUACAGCCCAGUGCUUUGCUUGUUUCUUUGAUGAUCAAUUUGUCUGCAAACUGAACCCCAGUUAAUGGAACAGGAACGGUAAGCUGGCAGCCUAAUGAGCUUGUGUUCCAAGACUUUUGUAUUCCUCAGCUCCAUGCCAGGUUUUCAACGUACCCUUGUUCCCCUGCCUUUUAAAUGAGGGUUUUGAUCUGCAGACAUUAGGCUGUGUUUAUGUGUGUACCACUAGAUUCCAUGCAGUGAAAAGCGCUAUCUGCUGAUUUUGACAGAUGGUAAAGGCACAAGAACAGAUUAUGCUGUCUCCACCCUGCACCCCAUUCAUCAUUUGGCAGAUCCAAUGACUGGCCUGCUUGAAAAUUGACAAGAUACAUGUUUUGUGAGCUAUUUGAAACUGGAUGAUCAAACUUACUGUUAUAAACAUGAUGCCAUGUGCAGUCCAUAAAUAUACCUUAACACUUAAAAGCUUAUCAUAGUAUCCUACUGUCCCUCCAAAUGGGGUAUAUUCCAUUUGUUUGGAAUGGCUUUGGGUGAUAAUGGUGCUGAGAGGAAUAAUUUUUUGUAAAUUCCUUAUUGUUGUUGGGAGUGAUAUCAUAGAAGUCAUAUUGUAGAGUUGGAAGGGAUUCCUGCAAUGAUUGAAUAUGCAGUUUGUCCCAUACAGGGAUCGAACCUGCAACCUUGGCAUUAUCAGUAUCACACACUAACCAACUGAGCUGUUAAUUUCACUGUUAACAACUGAGCUGUUAAUUUCACUAAUUUUUUUUUAAAAAAACCCCUCCUACGUAGAAGUUGUGCUAUUCACAAUGUUAUAUGUUCUAAUAGGGAAAAAACCCCAGAUGAACUGUUAAAAAAACAACCACCUUCUACCAGAGGUGGUGGUUUUUUGCAAUAAACGGCUUCUGUUACUAAAUUUUCCCAGGUGGUGAUGAGUUGAGCAGCCACCCCAUAUCAUCUUAAAACCUUUUACUAGAUUUCCCCUAAGUGGCCAGAAAUUCAUUUAUCCGUCACAAUCCAUUCUCGGUAUCCAAUCAGCUCAUUUCAUAAUUCAGCUGCAAUCCUAGGUAGACUUACUUGAGAGUAAGUCCAGUUGAAUUUAGUGGGGCUUGCUUCUGAGUAGACAUGGAUUGGAUUGCACUGUUAAAAUGUAAAUUUAUGUACAUUUUGGUUUUUCUGCAUGCCUCCUGAAACUAGUUUCAGUGCUGAAAGAGUCAAAGUGAAACCAGGAUGAUAAAACAGAAAUUCAUGUUAGGUUUCUGUAUUUUUAGCUGUGGGGACAAUUUUGUUGCUACUUUCUUGGACUAUAAUUUCUCUUGUUGGCCCUAUAGUGUGUGUUUCUCUCUCUCCAAAUAGAAUAUAUGUUCUCUUAGCUGCAUUUCUUUUAGACUAGGUUUAAACUCCCUAAUAGUAAAGAAUUUUGAGUGGAAAUUUUAACAUUAAGGGUAUAUCAGAGUUUGCUAGCUGUUAAGCUUUUCUUAAAACCAUUCUUUAAUGCAGGCUUCUGAGUGCUUGGAAUAUUGCAUUUCCCCCUAAAUUCACAUGGCUAUCUCUAAUAUCAACCAUCCAUAUUGCAGCGACGUCUCCAGGGGGUAACAUCCAUCCAAAAUAUUUCUUGCUAUCUUCUCUCUCUCUCUCUCUCACUUUUUUGUUCCUACACCAUUUGACAAAGUCCCAUGGCUGCAAGAAUUGCAGCAAAUGAGUGACCAGAGAUUUGCCGUUUGUUAAUCUCGGCAUUUGAUAAAAGUCUGCAGGUGACUUUAAAUAAAAAAUGUUUCGCUUUUUCUCCAGCUCAAUGAAGUUAUGUUCGUUACAUAUCUUUAGGCACCAGUCAAAAACAUCUGCUAGGCCUUUGGCUAAUUAAACAACCCAUGGCCUUUUCAAAUGUGGGGACAGUAUUGUUUUUGUUUCUUACUAUGUUAUGUAUUUUUGUGUUUUUAUAUUGUAAACUGCCCUGUGAUCCUCAGAUGAAGGGCAUUAUCGAAAUUUGAUAAACAAAAUUAAAAUUAAAAGUAGAUAUCUGGCAGGGAUUUCCAGAUUGAGGUCAGAUCAGCCACCUUCAGCAAAGAGGUGAGCGCAUCAAAGAAAAACCCAGCAUCUUAAGACUUCUAGUCUCCAAGAUGAAGUAUUCUGGAAUCAGUAUGGCCAAGCAUUAAGGGCUUGCUUCCCACAGAAUCCCAUAAAAGAGCAUUUCUACACAUCAAGCUCAUACUGAUUCUGAUGUAGUGCUCAUGAAGAUCUGCUUUCCAUGUGUGCAAGUUGAUAAUGGAGGCUGCUGUGUAUAGAUAGGCUAACUAACAGAUGCAGAUCUGCAGGGGAUAUAGAUGCAGAUGAGUUCAUAUCUACAUCCAACUGACAGCAGAAUCCUUCUACCAGAUGGCUCACUCAUCUUCCAGUGUGCUAUGCCACUAUGCUUCCAACGAAUGCUGUCAUCAUGAGUGGUUUUAUGGCAUAUAGUGCUACUCUCUCCCAGUGACUUUUGAAGUUACAUGUACUAAGUGGGAUGAGCCAGCUGAGAGCAAGAAGAAAAGAUGAAGUCACAACAGCUUGUUUGGGCUGAAUUGCUCUUCCUUCCCAACCCCAACAGGGGCAGCUACCACCAAGUGUCUUGUGGAAAGGACCCUAGGACAGCAAGAAGGGCAGGUGAGUGAAUACUAUGACCUGCUUCUGUUUCAGUUGGAGUAUGACUUCUUCUUAGAGCAGUGUAUCUCAAACUUGGGUCUCCGGCUGUUGUCGGACUACAACUCCCAUCAUCCCUCACCCCUGGACCUGCUAGCUGGGGAUUUGUAGUCCAACAACAGCUGGAGACCCAAGUUUGAGGAACACUGUCUUAGAGGGUUAUCUACUGCCAUCUGCCCUGUGGGAAGGAUCCUGUAGAUUUGUUGUGCUUGAUACUGCUUAUUGUGGUGGUGCAUCUAGAUGGUAUCUAAAUAACUAUUAGGAAGGCGUUUCCAUUGUUUUAGCAUUUAUCUUUUAAAUGAACAGUUUAAAACCACUUUUAUUUUGGGUUUUAGAGGCUAAGUUCUGUAUUCAAUAAGUCACUUCGAGACAUUUAUUAAAAAGUGUUGGAUUAAAAGAAUACUAAUAAAAAAACAAAUUGCAGCAACAUCUGAAGGUUGAAGAACACAGGAACAUAGGAAACUGUCUUACAUUUAGCUCAAGAUUGCCCAUACUGGCUGGUAGUGGCUGCCCCUGAAUUUCAGGCAAGGAUUGAACCUGCCACUUUCUGCAUGCAAAGCAGAUUCUCUGCUACUGAGCUGUGGCUCUUCCCCAUUUUGGUUCUAUGCUUUAAUAUUUUGUGAGAUGCUUUGUAAAAAGCAAGGGAUAAAUGUUAAUGAUCCAAAUGGCAAAAGAGCUGAAGGUAUUACUAUUACAAAUGUGGCUUGUGAUAAAAAGAAUCCCGAAUUUCCUUCAAUGAGGAUGGGAAAGGGAAGGGAAGGUGGAAGGAAGCUGCUGCCACAGGGCUCUAAUCUUGCAUCAUGACUAACUCAUAUCAUGGUCCAUGAGCCUAGAGCAGGCAUCCCCAAACUUCGGCCCUCCAGAUGUUUUGGACUACAAUUCCCAUCAUCCCUGACCACUGGUCCUGUUAGCUACGGAUCAUGGGAGUUGUAGGCCAAAACAUCUGGAGGGCCGCAGUUUGGGGAUGCCUGGCCUAGGGCUUGCCGAUCAGAAGGUCAGCGGUUCGAAUCCCCGGACGGGGUGAGCUCCCGUUGCUCAGUCCCAGCUCCUGCCAACCUAGCAGUUUGAAAGCAUGUCAAAGUGCAAGUAGAUAAAUAGGUACCGCUCCGGCGGGAAGGUAAACAGCAUUUCUGUGCGCUGCUCUGGUUCACCAGAAGUGGCUUAGUCAUGCUGGCCACAUGACCCGGAAGCUGUAUGCCGGCUCCCUCGACCAGGAAAGCGAGAUGAGCGCCGCAAUCCCAGAGUCAUCUGUGACUGGACCUAAUGGUCAGGGGUCCCUUUACCUUUACCUUUACAGUGAGGCAUUGGCCAAUAGUUCCUGCCUCCCCCAGGAAUUUUCUGUGUGUCUUCCUAUGGACACCUGUCGCCCACUUUGAUGAAUAUUUUCUUUAGGGAAUGUUUAAAAUACAUGGAAGAGUAUGAACCCUAAGCAUGUUUAUUUGAAAGGGGGUUCCACAGCAAUAAAUGGGAUUGACUUUCCACUAAAUGUUCUCGGGACUGAAAUCAGACUAUCUGAAGGUGGCAGAAUCUUUCCCUCUGGUUUCAUUUUGUAUCAGCUUCCUUUUUGUAUCUUGGUUUAGUUUGGGCUGAGCUACUUAAAGUAAAAUUUGGUGGAUGCCAAUGAAAUGUGAGGGACGCUUUGCAUGCUAGUGCCCAAUUAUGCGUACAGCUGACAGAGUGUUUCGCUGAGUUUAUCAUUCCGUUGAGAUCAGUGAGAAUUAGUUCAGUCUGAUGGAGAAGGCUUUAAGAUGGAAAAGGCAAUAGAUUUAGCUAUUGCCACAGAUUGAUUUAUGCUUGCUUGUGCUUUUGUUUCAUAUCAUGCUGGUCCUCUUCCGUAUCGAACCAAGCAUUGUUGUGUCAUGUUUUAAUCAUAGCCUUUUGCAUAACUGCUGAUAACACAGAGGUGUGGCUCCUACUGGUUUUACGAGGCUGUUCAUUUGCAUUUUUGUGCUGCUUUUCUGAUCUAAAUGAGCAGCCAAGAUGACACCCAUAUAAUUAAAUAAUGAAACAUCAAAUGAAAUACUGUAGCCCAUACUGCUGUUAAUAAAACACACUAGCCCAUAGCACAAUAAAACAAACAUAAACCACCUGCGCGCAAAACAAACCACUAUAUUAGCAGUAGUAAUAAUGAAUGAAGCUGUUGUUAGGUUUUUCCUUUAAGACUGAUGUGGUCAAUGGUGGUACUCAGAGAUGUGUGUUUGUAGCCCUGAUCUGAAUGAUAGCACACCUGUGAGCUUUUGCUAAUUUAAAUAAUUGAAGGUAGAGUUUGCUCACUGUAAUGUGAUUGGGUAAUUGACUAUUUUGAAUUCUGUAUUUAAGCUACCCAAAUGGUUCAUGGGUGUGGUGGUGAUGGAUUGUGAAAUGAAACUGAAUGGAGUAGAGGAGUGUGUUGUAUAUAAUUGUAAAUAAAAGCAAGCAAAAUACUGAAGACAACUUUGUUAUUUCGUCGACCCUGCCGCUGUUGCCACUCGGUUGGUGCGUAUUGCCCAACAUCCGUAUCAGAAGCCCAAGAUCUCAGAUAAUAUUUGCUCCCCAGUAUUGGUCAGAAAGAAAGAAAAUCAUAGAAUCAUAGAGUUGGAAGAGACCACAAGGGCCACCCAGUCCAACCCCCUGCCAAGCAGGAAACACCAUCAAAGCAUUCCUGACAGAUGGCUGUCAAGCCUCCGCUUAAAGACCUCCAAAGAAGGAGACUCCACCACACUCCUUGGCAGCAAAUUCCACUGUCGAACAGCUCUUACUGUCAGGAAGGUCUUCCUAAUGUUUAGGUGGAAUCUUCUUUCAUGUAGCUUGAAUCCAUUGCUCUGUGUUCGCUUCUCUGGAGCAGCAGAAAACAACCUUUCACCCUCUUCCAUAUGACAUCCUUUUAUAUAUUUGAACAUGGCUAUCAUAUCACCCCUUGAAAGAAAGAAAGAAAGAAAGAAAGAAAGAAAGAAACAGUGUCAAGGAUUUUCUACACAGUUCCUCCCAACUAAGUUCAUGAUAGAGCAGCAGUAGUGAGCUCUGCCUAUGACUGGCAUGUCUUGUUUUAGUAAUAGAGCUCACACAUCUUUUAACAGGUACCCAAGAGGACAUUCAACAGGUGAAGCCAUUUGUAGCAUGGGGAUGCUCCACCUGUUGAAAUUUUCCAACUGUUAAGAAAUCCUGUUGUUGUUUUUCCAACAGUGACACUUCGGUCUGCAACCUUUCUUGGCCCUUGUCGCUUCUAACCUGAGCCUUUUCACAUUCUUAUUGUUGGUUGUUUGACUGUGUCUCGUCCAGGUCACAGAAUGCAGAGCUUAUCUUGGCUGGCUGUUCCAGCAUUCUUCUUGUCUUGAAGUCCAGCCAGUCUUAACCUUCUUCUCCUCUUGGCUGCCAGCUGGCACUUUGCCUAUAGUGACAAGUGAGAGGAGGAGCUGUGGACAGGGGGGUGUCCUACUUUUGUCCCGUCUUGCUUGCAGUUCUUGUGUGCCACCACAGUUCUUGUUCUGAUUCCUUGAGAGGCAGAAGUUUUGCUCUUUGGUAGGACCUAAAGGUUGAAUUUUGCUUUUGAAAGGUGGGGGGGGGGAGGCAUUAUCUCUGGCAUUUUCUAUUGCCCCCCACCACAAGCCACUUCCUGGAUCCUUUCCACCCGAACUUAUGACCAAGGAUUCCACCAUAGCCCCAGCUCUUGCUUUCCAGUUCCAGAAGAUGGGCUCAUUCCGGAGGCCCCGGCCACGUUUCAUGAGCUCCCCAGUACUGACUGAUUUGCCACGGUUCCUGGCAGCUCGGCAAUCUCUGCAGCUUAGCUCCAACUCUGCCUGGAACAGCGUUCAAACAGCAGUGAUCAAUGUGUUCAAAGGGGGAGGCUUGCAAAACAAUGAACUCUACAUCCUCAAUGAAAAUGUAAGGCGAUUGUUGAAGAGUGAACUUGGAUCCUUCAUCACAGACUACUUCCAGAACCAGCUCCUUUCGAAGGGCUUGCUGUUCAUGGAGGAGAAGGUUAAACUUUGCAAAGAAGAGAAUCGCAUUGACAUACUAUCUGAACUCUGGGAUCACUUCUUCACAGAGACUCUUCCCACACUCCAGGCUAUAUUUUACCCUGUUCAGGGCCAAGAAUUGACUAUUCGCCAGAUUGCGUUGCUCGGCUUCCGAGAUUUGGUCUUACUAAGAGUGAAUUUGGAUGAGAUUCUUCCUCGGGUCCAAACCAAGCUUCCACCUUCCAUUGUCCAGAUGCUGCUGAUUUUACAGGGAGUACAUGAACCUACAGGUCCCAGUAAGGCCUUCAUGCAGUUGGAGGAGCUUGUUAAACUCGUGGUCUCCCCAUACCUCGGUUUGUGCGAAGAACACUGCUUCCCUGGUAGUACAUGUGCUCUGGAGAGAAGGUAUCAUAGACCUCGUCCCAAACCCAAUGGGCUGAGCUUCUCUUCUCACGCUGUGGCAGACCGACAAGUCAGCGAGACUGCCUUGACGCCUCUGACUGAGCAGGAGGGCGAGGCAUAUCUGGAGAAGUGUGGGAACAUCCGCCGCCACACCGUUGCCAAUGCUCACUCUGAUAUCCAGCUGUUGGCCAUGGCUUCCAUUAUGCACUCUGGGAUGGUGGUGGAGGAACCAGACAGUGGCGACACAUGCCUCCUCCUUCAGCCCAGCUUAAACCACAGGCAAUGUUCUAGUGAGCCCACAAUAGUAGAUGGACCAGAAGGGCUGGGAACAGCAUCCAUGCAGGAACCCACAGAACUGAACUGCACAUCUGUCUGCUGAAAUGCCGUGUGGAGGGAAGAAGGACCAAGUGUGUUAGGCAAACCAUUGUUUUGUCAUUGCUGAGUACAAUGGAGGAGUCAAACUCCAGAAAUGAGAUCAACAUGCCAUGUCCUAACUUAAUAUUGGAAGACUUUUUGGAAAUAAUAGUUUCCAGGCCAGGUUCUAAUUUUACGUGGCUUAUAUAUACUGUUUUCAAGGUACAAAGCUGCUACGUUCAAGCAUUCCAACAUCACCUCCCCUUUCCUUUUUUCUAUAUUUUUCAGACCUAUUCUCCUCCUGAGUUGGUCUUUCACUCUUUUGUCACAUCUUGUGUGGGGUGUCCUAUGAAAUCAGGGGAGAAUGAACAAUACUAUUAGGCACACACUUUCGCCUAGCAACAGUCUCUGGCACAUACAGGAAGCCAGCUAUGAAGCAUGCUGGUUUUCCAGAACACAGAUGAUCAGUACUGAAGUACUGUGCAAGCUGAACCAGCAGGAUGGGUGAAACUGCCCCCAGUUACCAGAGUUAGAACUCUGUAAUACACUGAAUGAACAUUGCCUCAUUCAACAGCAAAAGCUGGUGACCAGGUUGCACAAGCCAUUUCUGAAUGUUGUGGAUUUUUAGGUUUUCUUUACAGCAUUGCUCUUCUCAGGGAUCCUUUAAGUAUAUUCCAAAGAAAAAUCUUCCUUCCAGUUGUUGGACUCCAAUUCCCAUCAGCCCCAGCCAGCAUAGUCAAUGGUCUGGUGAUGGGAGUUGGAGUCCAGUGACAUCUGGAAGGAACUAGGCUGGGGAAGACUCUCUAAAUUUUUAGAUUCCAGCAGACUCAGUUGGGGAAGAGGCUGUUUUUAAGGAUCUCAUGCUAAGGAACUUGUGGGUGGUAUUUAACUAAGUUUUACUCAGAGGAGACCCACUAAAAUUAAUGAACCCAAUUUAGUCAUGUUAGUUAAUUUAACUAACUAUGGAGUGGCAAUGGUUCUAUGCUACUGAGGGUAUUAACAUGUAGAACUGAGAACUGUCCACCCUACCCAUUGUUUCCAUGAACACCAAGAAUGAAUGUCUUACUAAACAAUGGGAUUCCAUUACAUAUGGGAAACUUUAGGCUGAUGGGGAUCUAACCUCAUUUGGGGGCAACACCCCUCCUCUUGUAAAACAGGGUAAUUUGUUGACUGGUAUAGAGAAUGUGUAAUGCCUUUUAUACUUACGUUCAUACCUCUGACACAAAGCUCAGCACCAGGACAGACUUGCUUUCUGGAGGCUGUGUAGUAAUGUCUUUCUGGAGUCCAGGGUUCCAGUUUCUAGAAAACUAAUGCUUCAGUCACAACACAGUUCUGUUACCAAAUACCUUUGGUAAUCCAAGUUAUCAUGGGGGUGGUUAGGGGUGAUGUUCCUCAGGUGCAGGGCUGUUCUUCUUCUCCCAAUGAGGGUGAUUCCAAGAACCUGUUAGCAACUGAAAUAGCCAGAUUUUUACUUUAAAAAAAAUCAAGCAUCAUAAUAGUGUGUGAAAGUUGUUCUGCAACAGUUACCUCUUUAUGGAAGUAGAAUGCAACCCAAGGAAUUAUAUUCAGUCUUGAUAAAAUUAAGGAGCAGGGUCAGGGAUGGUCACGUUAGACCAAUAGGUGCACAGACAAGAGACGAUGCCUCUGUGAUGAUUUGACUUCAGAGGUCCAGAAUGAUGAAUGAACUUUUAAGCUGUAAAAGGGCCAGCUUAAUAAAAUGAAUGGGCUUGUGGGUGGCCAGGCCCUAAUAAGGGCUUCCAAUGAGAUAUAAACAAAGGCUAGGUAAAUCCUAGUCUUAAAGCCUGAUUCUCAACUGCAAGUGUAUAGGCUUACAGCCUUCACUCUAUAAAAUGUUCCAAGUAACUAAUUUGGAAUGAAGAAUAACAUUUCCCCUUUAUUCUUCCACUACGUGUCCAUUUCUGGUUUUGAUUUGAAUGUAUAUGUUAGAACGCAUGAAUAAUUUUCCAAGUAUGCUUGCCCCUGUGGAAUUGUGCCAAGCCACGGUGAUGGUUACCAAUCAAGUCCAUGGUAAGGAUUAACUUGGUAAGAGAGCUUUACUCUGAAUGUCUAAUGGAAGCUCACAAAGAGGGAAAAAGUUAAUGUUUGGAAAUGUGGUAGGAACUGGUGUUGAAUCCUCAAUUAGAAAUCCUUUUAUUUAAAUGGAACCUUUGUUGCCUGCCUUCAUUUUACAUAUUCACAAGAAACAGCUUUGAUGAAGCCUGCUGCAGAGAUGUCUGUGUUUUCUCAUGCCUAUCAACUGCAUUGCCUUCUGCUUGCCUUAAUCUGCUGAAAUCCCCAUUAUAUUACAUCCACUUGGCCUUCUCAUCCCCAUGUGUACACACAAGUGUGCAUUCUUUCUCUCUUGCUCAUAGGUAUAGUUUCCACAGACAUUCAUUUCAUUCUUUCUUCUCCCAUCCAACCACCAAUUCUCCCAAUCAAGGGUGUGUGCUUGUGGGUCCAUGAAACAUCAAAGUACAGUAAACAUGGCAGUGAAGGAAGUCAGCUGAAAGGCUGACUAAGCAAUAGUCUAGCAGAGCCAAACUUCAUGCACCAUCUUCUCAGCAAGUUUUGUGUUACCAAGAGUAGGCCUAAUGUAUAAUUACAACCAUAAUAGUGGAUCUGUUGUGGAACCACACAUAGCCACAGUUUUUCCUCUGCAUCUACCUUCUUUUAGAAUGAAAAUCUUUGCUGCCUUCCAGGAAAAUGUGGCACAGAUCAGUAGUAGGGCACAUGUUUUGCAUGAUGACAGCACUGAGUUUUAAUUCCUAGCACCUCUAGUUAAAAGAACAGGUAGGUAGUUGAUGAUGGGAAAGACUCCCUCUGGAGAGCUGCAGCCAGUAGACAAUAUUGGGCUGACCAGACAAACAGAUUGGUCUGCUAUAAAGCAUCACAUCUGCAAGGCAAAGAGGGGGGUCUUGUCAUCUGGGCAGCCCAGGACCUCCAUAUGCACUGCCCAGCUUGAGCCCCGGGGAGGUCACUUUGGUGCUGCUAACACAGUAGUUUGACUUCACCCCUAGAGACAUGCCCCAUUGUCUCUUGAGAGCAACAACGCAGCAAGCAGAAGGUGCAUUGGAAUUACACUGGAAUAUUGUCAACUAUAUUUGCAGCUGUCCUUUAGACCCAUGUAACAAAAUGGACCAUAAAGAAGGCUGAUUGCUGAAGAAUUGAUGCUUUUGAAUUAUGGUGCUGGAGGAGACUCUUGAGAGUCCCAUGGACUGCAAGAAGAUCAAACCUAUCCAUUCUUAAGGAAUUCAGCCCUGAGUGCUCACUGGAAGGACAGAUCUUGAAGCUGAGGCUCCAAUACUUUGGCCACCUCAUGAAAAGAGAAGACUCCCUGGAAAAGACCCUGAUGUUGGGAAAGAUGGAGCGCACAAGGCAGCCCCUCUGGCUUCAGCUUAAUCCAUGGCCAGUGCUUUCUCCACUGCCAUGGAGCUCCAAGAGAUUUCUUUAAAAGGGGCCUUCCUUUUAUGCCGUUCUUUUUUAGUGAAAAUUUCCCCCCCCUCCCUCCUGAGCAGUAUGAAUUAUUUUAUUGAAAACAAAUGCCGCCUCCCAAAAUUGAGUGAGGCCAGUUUCUAUAUUAAUUUUUAAUCUGGGCACAGCUCAUAAAUCCCUCCCUAAUAAUGCUCUGUCAUUGCUAGCAGCAGGUGCCUCGCAGCAGGGGGAAGCAUGUGGAGUCAUCAUUUGAAAAGGAGCUGCUGCCUCCCUCCUUUGGGUUCUUAUUCACCCUGGUCUGAAUAGAGAGAGGGAAAUCAGAUUUGGACAUCCCUAAUAAAUGAAUCACCUUGAUCUUACAGACAGAGGGCUUGUGAAAAUUUUAUGGAGUUUUCUUCGGGGGCAAAAGAAAAAAAAGAAUCACAUUGUUUUAUACUCGUUGCUUGCAUCCAAAUUCUAAAUUUAUGGAAGAUACUGUUAGUCUGUGCUUUUGUAACACAGAGACAUCUGGUACAUUGUUAUGGAAGAUUUCAUUAGCUUGCUCAUCUCAGUUCAGUAUUAAAAUAUCUUACGCCUGUUCAUGCCAUACCCCCUCAGUGUCCCUAUUUUCUAGGGACAGUUCUGGAUUAACAGAAGCUAUCCCAGUUUCUGAUUUGAUCCUAGAAUGUCUCACUUUUCCUUACGAUGUCCCUAUUUUCAUUGGAGAAAUGUUGGAUGGUAUGCCAGGCCAGGCCAAUCACCCCACCUUGCUUUUUUGCACUUUGGGAUGGUGGUGUUGAAGUUUCCAGCACAGCAAACCACUUGCAUAAUUGGCUAACAAUAGACACUGCCCAAGGGAUAUCUUCACUGUGUGCUGGGCCAGAACAUCCCUAGAUUUGCUUCAAGGCAUCUCUAAAACUGGGCCAAUGUAAGCUUCUUAGUAGAUGAUCACACUGUUUGAUCCUCUGAACAGAAAAUUAAAAAAAAGUAGCACCUUUGAGACCAACUAAGUUUGCCAUAGGUAUUCAUGCACACGAAAGCUCAUAACCAUGACAAACUUAGUUGGUCUCUAAGGUGCUACUGGAAGGGAAAAAAUUUUGUUUCGACUAUGUCAGGCCAACACGGCUACCUGCCAGAAACUAGUCCUCUGAACAGAGACUCAGAAGACCAAGUCCAUUGCAAGGAACCAAAAGUUAUACGUCAAAUUAGCUGUGAUCAUCCAAAUAGUUGAAAUAGGUCCAGGCAAACUGCUCUUGAAACUCCUGUGCCUAUGUGGAAACUUUCUCUGUGCAUCCCUUUUCAAUUCCCUCCUGGUUCUGGGAGACAGUGGUGCAGGAGAGGGUGUGGAAGCACACAGUCCUUCACUUGCCCGACCUGCCUCUUUCUCCUCUUCUUCUUACCUAUCCUGUGCUCCACCUUCCAACUCUGAAGUUUUCCCUGCCUCUCAUUCUUGCCUCCUGGCUGGUACAGGUUCCUACAAACCACUGCUACCUUCUCCAGAGUCAGACUCCACGCACACUCUUCAGUUGCUUGGCAGUCCCCAAUAUGGCUUGAUCUGCAUCUUCGCAACUCUUCUCAAGGGGAAAGGAUAGAAUUCAGCAAAGGGGUCAAGGCCCUGGGCUGGACCUAGCGCCCAGGCUGUAAGUUUCCAAUCCUUGCUUUAAAGCCAGCUGGGGGAGUGGUGGUGGUAAAAGGGAAUGAAAUACUUGAGAACCAGAGGACUUCGCCACACUAAAUUUUCUCCAGUAGCAAAGUUCAGAACCCGCUUUGCAUUAUUUUUCCAUCUCACAUUGAGAUACAGAGAGGGGCUUGCUUAUGCAUGGAAGACAAUCCAUUGAAGGGGACUGAGUUUUGCUGCCAAGUCCUUGCCUCAGAUGUGUCAGGAGCAGAAUCUGGGUUGCAUCAGGCAGCUGAUGCAUUCACAACUUCUGUGGCAUUUCUGUUCCCCGUGCUACUAGGUUUUAACCACUUCUUUUCAUAUAUAUGUAGAUGUACAAACAAACCACCAUCUGCUCUAGU